UUUCUGCCCGACGGGAAAAUACUCUUGUUGUUUGUUUUGUUCCAUUUUCGCCUUUUCUCAGAAACAUGGAGAUAUAGUAGUGUCUGCUUCGAAAAAAUACCAGAAGUAUGUGGUUGUACGCUUCUUCCACCACAUGCAGCGGUUCACGCGAUCACACAGCUGGACUCAAACACAACCGCAAAUACUGAUUCAGUGGUCACUGGUUGUGUUAUUCGACGUCAGUGAAUGACAGUGGGAUUGCUUGAAUGAAUCAGCUUUUGUUUUGCUGACAGCCUUACUGAGAUAGACAUUCGUGCUAUAUACCAUGCAAGCUCUGGGACGCCGCACAGAUCAAGUGCAUCGUAUCCCUUCUCAAGAAGAGAUUCCACCACGAAGUGGCCAUGUUGCAGCCUGUGUGGAUAUGAAGCUGCUUGUUUGGGGAGGAUAUCAGGAUGAAAAUACCUAUGAAGAUCGGUACCUGCCGUCAAAUGAUCUCUGGUGUUACAGCAUGGACUUUGAUAAAUGGACCUGCAACACCACCCACGGGACACGCCCUCCAGGGACGUCCGGCGCCUGCUGUUGUGUCCUUGACGGCUUCUUUUACGUGGUGUUUGGUCACACUGACUUUGGCAACACCAACAAGGUAUACAAGCUGAACCUGCAGACGAUGACCUGGAGCAAGUUACCUGCCACAGAGCGGGCACCAAGCCCUAGAGACAAGUUUGCUUUGUGGACACAUGAGAAAAGAAUCUACUGUUUUGGAGGAUUUGGACUUCCGAUUCAGGAAUACCUAUGUGAGAAUGGAGACUUUGUGGCAGACACUUCGGGAGACUUGAAUGUUCCACGUUUUUUCCCUGAUCGAGGUUGGAACAAUCAGCUACUGAUAUUGGACGCCACUGAUGAAUGGUCGAAUCCCAAGUGCAGGGGUCCAGUCCCUCUGCCUCGAGCUGCACAUGGGGUAGCUCAACUGGGGGAUAAGGUCUACUUGUUCGGAGGACGACAUCUUACUGCAAGGAUGAAUGACCUUCACUGUCUUGACCUUUCAAGCUUGACCUGGAGUGGAGAGCUGACAUGUUCAACAGUGAUCCCUUGUGGCCGAUCAUGGCACACACUGACCCCUGUGUCACACAACCACCUCUUCCUGUAUGGGGGAUACACACAGGAUCAGAAGCCUCUCAGUGAUGCAUGGGUGCUGGAUGUCGAUGUGUGUCAAUGGACACAACUAGUCAUCCCACAGAACAACCCUCGUCUCUGGCAUACAACAGCCCUGUCCUCAGACAAUGAUAUCCUCAUCUUCGGGGGCUGUUGUGAUGACAUCCUCAGCCAUCAGGUUAACGAACAUUCUAACAAAAUCCUAGUGUUUAGAUUACAGCCAAAAUCACUCCUCAGGUUGUGUCUGGAAACGGUGUUCAAUUAUCGUAUUGAAACUCAGCCAUCAUGGCCAUACCUCCCCACUAUCCUCCAGAAAUGGCUGGACACCAAGUUAAAGUAUUCCAAACGAACUGUACAUAAUGUCAGCCACGCACAACACAACCAUAAGGAACAAGCUUCCACGUGCGAGGUCACAUGACCAUGGAUGAGCAGAAUGAUACCGCCCAAUGAACUAUGUGUGGCACAGAUUGUGAUUUUUUAAGGUGUAGUUUAUUCAGUUGUGUUGCUGCUAUAAGUGAUAAAAGUAUCCACUGUGUCACGUGUCCUGAAUGCAUAAUGAUUGUGAAUCAAUGGAAUGGUUGUCCAAGGCCUGUCUAAGCACGGAGGUGAUUACAAGUCCCAUAUUAUUUCAUGAUCACAACUCCAAAUAUGUUGUUCUGUAUUGUAUCUGUGUCAUCUGAAUACAAACUGUUUUCUGCAGCUUCUGCUGCUGUUGCUGCUGCUGCAGCUGGUUGAAAAACUGUAGCAUCUCUGUAUGCUGACUGUCUGCCUGACCUUCCAUUUGGCUCCUGUUCCCAGUUAUCUCCACUCGACAGUCAUGUGAUUUCCACCAGAUCAUAUGAUCUCAAUCUAGAUAGAACUGAACUGUCUUAAAGCAAUAGUCUGAUGUCCAUAUUUUUUAGUGUAGGCCUUGCAGUUUGUACCCUUUGUGAAAUAGGGACUAUAUCUUUGCAUUAUGAACAUGAAUUACCUGGUAUGGUACUUCUUUGGAUCAUAAAAAUUGAAUUGGUAGACAUUCGUCGGCUCCAGCUCGCAUAACUAAGGGUAUCUCCUGAAUGAUAUAUGCAUUUCGUCUACAUACUCAGGUAUUUUUUGUUACUUUACAAAUGCAAUGUCUUUACUCUUUCUCGCCCAACCAUAGGAAGCAUCUGACGUUAUGUGUUAUGUUCUUCCUGCUCAUUCUUGCCAGGUACUACUCUCUACACCAAGAGUAUGAUGAUACAGGAUUUUAUCAGGCAUGAAAAGGCUUAGAAUUUUCAUCUUUCUUAAAUAGUCUUAAGAAUACAUAUGACCUAAAAAAGAAAUGUUUCUUUUUCCAAUCUACAUCUCAAGUAAAUUAAGAUUACCAUCGUAUUACGGAUUGAAAAGCAAAAGUAAAAACACAUAUUGAUUGAAAAGCAAAAGUAAUAACACAUAUGAUUUGUACACUGUAUAUAUUUUGUCAGUGGCCAUAAUGCUCACCCCAACUUACCAUAAUGCUCACCCCAACUUACCAAUAUGCC